CAUUAAUUGUAUUGAGAAUAAAAAUUUAAAUAAAAAGUUUUUCAAAAAGCGAACUUGCGUGAUUCGACCCAGUAGGGAUUCCGUACUCGUCAACAUCUGCAUUUACGACACCACCGCCACAGUUUACGGUUGCUCACGCUGCAGUCACGGUCCAUGCGAAAAGAAGUUUGUUUUGGUUUUGUUUAAGAUUUAAUUAGUAAAAAAAACUAAUUUAUUCAAAGUGACCGAGGCGACAUGAAGGAAAGGUCGCUUCCCGCCUCUCCCAACUGGUACUCCUCGCGCUGCAGUGACGUCAACACUCACGGUUUGUUUGGUGUCGGAGCCAAAAACAUCGUUUACUUGAUUGAUGUUUCUGGGUCCACGUGCAGGGUAACAGGUGAGCUCGCGGGCCACAGGGACCUGGUGUCGGGCUUCUCGUUCUGUCAGCACGCCGAGCAGAGUCACGUCUGCGUCAGCUCCUCCACCGACGGCACUGUUCGCUUCUGGGACUCCGGGUCCAGGACUCUGAUCAGGGAGGAUGCUGCCCACCAGAGUGCCGUCUCGGCGGUGCACUGGUCCCCCGCCGAUAAGAACCUGGUGGUGUCGGGCGAUGAGAAAGGCGUGGUGGUCCUCCACUGGUUCCACACCGGGGACACCAGCAGCUUCUUCCCCGAGCCGAGGACCAUCUUCUGCCUGAGCUGCUGCCCUCACAGCUGGACGUCCGUGGCCGUGGGGUACAAAGACGGGAUGAUCGUCCUGAUCGACGUGAGUAAGAGAGGCGAAGUGACGCACCGCCUCCGUGGACACGACAACGAGAUCCACUCGCUGGRGUGGUCGCCUCUGAGCGGCGAGGACGCUCUGUGCGGCAGAGCCGAGGACAGCGAGGGAGCUAAUGGAGUCCCUGCAGGAGAGGAGACCGGCUGCUUUCUGGCGUCGGGGAGCAAAGACCAGACGCUGAGGAUCUGGAGCACGGCCAGGGGGAAAGGCGUGAUGACACUGAAGCUGCCCUUCCUGAAGAGAAGAGGUUCCCCCGUCGACCCCGCGGUGCGAGAGAGGAUCUGGCUGAACGUCCACUGGCCGAAGGGAAGAGCCACGCAGCUCGUGUCCAGCUGCUUCAGCGGGGAGCUGGUGAUGUGGGACCUGGUCAAGUCGGGGAAGCAGAAGUGGAGUCUGUUUGGAGCGUCGGACGGUCAGAACCACAGCCGAAUUGUCUUCAACAUGAGUUCUGUGCAGCUGCAGGACAGAGAGCUGCUCAUCAGCACCUCCAUGGACCGAGAGAUCAAAUGCUGGGACCUGAACUCUUUGGGCUGCUGUUGGACCCUGCCCACCCUGGGGGGUCACGUCUACACCCUGACCUUCUCCCCGGUGGGCGUGGGCUGCCUGGCCCUCGGCGUCGGGGACAACAUGAUCCGGGUUUGGAACACGCUGAGCGCUCAGAACCAGUACGACCUCCGGUCCUUCUGGCAGGGCAUCAAGUCCAAGGUCACGGCGCUGGCGUGGCAUCCGAGGAAAGAAGGCUGGCUGUGUUUUGGAACGGACGAUGGAAAAGUUGGGAUUUACGACGUCUUCUCCAACAAGCCUCCUCAGAUAUCGAGCUCCUAUCACAGGAAGACCGUCUACACAUUGGCGUGGGGACCCCCGYUCCCCCCCGUGUCCUUCGGCGCAGAAGGGAAACAGAGCUACAGUCUGUACAGCUGCGCGGGCGAAGGCACCAUCCUGCAGCACGACCCGGGGAAGCUGAGCGGCGAGGCGUCCGACAUCGACAAGCUGAUCAGAGACACCAACAACAUCCAGCACAAGUUGUCUCCACACACUGACCUCAGCUGGAAGCCUGAUGGGAAAGUUGUUGCCAUCGGCAAUGAGGACGGGAGCAUCGAUGUGUUUCAGGCUCCGGACCUGAAGCAGCUCUGCAGCAUCCAGCAGCACCACAAGAUCAUCAACUCCUUACGAUGGCACCCGGACCACGACUGUCCCCCGGAGCUGAGCGCACUGCUGGCCUCGGGCUCCAGCAACGCCAUCGUCUUCAUCCACAACCUCCGCUCCGUCAUCGAGAGCCCCCCGGAGGAGCCGGUGGUCCUGAACGAGGCGUACCGCAGGUUGUGCGGUCACACGGCGAAGAUCACGGAUAUGGCCUGGAGCCCGCAUCAGAGCGGCCGGCUGGUGACGGCCUCGUACGAUGGCACGGCGCAGGUGUGGGACGUCCUGGAGGAGGCGGCGGUCUCCAACUACCGCGGUCACAACAGCUACCUGCUGUGCGUGGACUGGUCACCUGUGGAUCCGGACGUGGUCUGGACCGGAGGGAAGGACUUCACCGUGCACGAGUGGAGGGUGUCCAAGCAGGAGUUCACCAAACCACCCAAAGGGAAGAAGAUGGUCCUGCUGCAGGAGAAGAAGGCCACCUCCAAGCAGCAGAAGAAGAAGAACAAGACGACCGCAGCGUCCGCAGGAGGCGCGGGGCCCAAGCCCAACGGAGAGCCUGGUCCAGCAGGAGAGCCUGGUCCUGCAGGAGAGUCCGGUCCCGCAGGAGAUCCGGCGGUGACGUCUGAAGGAGAAGAAGACGAAGUCAAAUCCACAAACAGCCUGGACGCUCCAGCAAWUCCAGAGACGCAGAGGAAAUGUGUGUCUGCUGCCAAAAACAAAGACAAAACAGAUGUGCAGCUGCUGAAGAAGAAGAAGGCUCGCUCCAUGCUGCCCCUCAGCACCUCCAUGGACCACCGGCCCAAAGASGACCUGCUGCAGGACUGCGUCACCCUGGCAUCCAUCAAACACUCAGCCGCCCCGCCUGCAGGCUGUGUCCCGGGCCAGGGAGACCAGGUCCAGCUGGGCCUGUUCCACGACAGAGCGGCUCUGCGCCGCAUGUUUCAGGCUGAAGAGGAGGCCCACGUGGAGGCGGGUCACUAUGACUCUGUGGUGUACCUGCGGCUGUGGAGCGGGGACCUGCAGGGGGCGCUGCAGCUCGCCACYGAGAGAGGAGAGCUGAACGACCACCUGCUGUCAGUGGCCCCCAUGGCUGGUUUCAGGGUGUGGAGCCAGACGGUGGAGGCCUACGUCAAGCAGCUGAGUCUGCAGGAGCAGCACCUGAAGGCAGCGUCUCACCUGCUGUCCAUUAACAAGCUGUACGAGGCCGUGGACCUGCUGAGGUCCAACAAGUUCUACAGAGAGGCCAUCGCUCUGGUCAAAGCCCGGCUGCCAGCAGAAGAACCCGUCCUGAAGGACCUGUACUCGUGUUGGGCUGCCGUCCUGGAGAAAGAUGGACAUUUAUCUGCAGCUGCUAAAUGUUACCUCGCCGCCGGCUGCAGUUUCGAUGCAGCGAAGGUCAUCUCCAGGAAGAACGACGUCUCCUCUCUGAAGGCGGCGGCUCGUCUGGCCAGGAUCUCCGGUGAGSAGGUCCUGGCUCAGUCCCUGGCUCUGAGAUGUGCCAAAGACCUGGCCGCAGCUCAGGACUGGGUCGGGGCACAGGAAGUCCUGAGCUCCCAGGGCGAGCUGCUGGUCCACAGGCUGUAUCUGUGUGCCGCUGAGCUGCUGGCCGUGUCUCUGGAGGACCUGGACGUCUUCUGUCCUGCUUCGCGUGUCUCCGGUCAUCCGUGGGCGAUGCCCGGGAAGAGACCCGACAGCAUCCAGGACCGAGUGAUGGACGUCUGGGAGGAGGAGUUUGGAGUUUCGCUGGAUGCUGAUGGCAGCGCUGAAGCUCUCCUCCAGGAGCUGAAGGGCGUGGAGAGUCCAACACCGAGCGUCAACGUCCCCUUCAGACAGGUCCUGCUGUACUGCUCGGUCCACCUGACCCGGGCUCUGCUCAGCUGCUUCCUGGACCARGCUGGACAGGUGGUCUCAGAGCUGUGGCAGGCGGCGGCCUGGCUCAGAGACACGGGACACUUCUGUGCGUCUGCAGAGUUCUGCAGGCUGCUGUUCCCUGACGGGGACGUGGGUGUCUUCUCCAGGAAACGGUCCAAAACGCUCCACCUCACAGGAGGAGCAGCCGAGGCCACGGCCAGCAGCCUGCAGGCGUUCGUCUGCUACCACCGUCUGUACGAACGCUGGUGGAGCCGAGACGAGCUGAGGGACGAUUCGACACCAGGACCAUCAGGAUCUGAGGAUGGUGAUGUGUCCGUCCUUUUGUCUGAGCCGCACGCCGUCUGCCAGGCGGCGCAGAGAUCAGUCAGAGAGGUCCAGGAGAGGCUGACCGCCAUGGUCCAGCAGCACAGCCGGGCCCAGGGAGGACAGCAGGACUCUGAGGACCAGCGUCCACAACAAGCAUCAUCAGAUGAUCAGAACCGCUCUGAGAACCWGGAGACUUUUCUGUCUUUGUCCUCCAAGAUGUCCAAACACCAAGCAGAACUGGCUGAGCUGCCGGACUCCGUCAAGAUGUUUCCUCAGCCAGAUGUGUUGGAGUGCUGCCUCGUCCUCCUGCACAUCAGCAGAGCGUCCUCCGUCUCCGACGUCCUCCAGCAGCGGGCCAAGGAUCUGCUCCUGAAACAUGGAACCGGUCCUCGGAUCAGGAAGGCCUCGCGGCCGUUCCUCUCAGACUGAAUAAACAAACUGAACCGGACUGAGGUUUAACUGAGCCGACGGGUCGGGUCAGAACACCAGAACCUUAAAGGAUGAUAGAUAGCGUCAUGAUAUUUAAAAUAAAUCUUCCAGGGUUAAAACGUUAAGCUGACCUGAAAUAAAAUCAUGUUUUUUAA